AUGGAGCUGCGCGGCGCGGGAGGAGGCGAGGCUAAGGCGCGCCCCCAGACCGCUUCUGGGUUCGGCAGUGGCUCCUGCACGGCACGGAAGCGGCCGGUCUAGGCAGCACCGGAGGCGGCCCUCCGCGCGCACCGAGGAUGGAGCUGACCGCCCCCACCGGGUUUGACUUGCACUGAAUCGGGCCUCCAGUCCAGGAUGGUUUGUUCUUGGGACCAGACCUGACCAGAAGUUGACCUCAUGAGCACGUCCGCCUCCCCCGCGGCCAUGCUCCUCCGGAGGCUGAGGCGGCUCUCCUGGGGCAGCACAGCUGUCCAGCUCUUCAUCCUGACCGUGGUGACGUUUGGCCUGCUGGCCCCCCUGGCCUGUCACCGGCUUCUGCACUCUUACUUCUACCUUCGCCAUUGGCACCUGAACCAAAUGAGCCAAGAUUACCUGCAACAAAGCCUGAAAGAGGGUGAAGCCGCCCUCCACUACUUUGAGGAGCUGCCGUCCGCCAACGGCUCAGUGCCCAUCGUCUGGCAGGCCACCCCCCGGCCCUGGCUGGUCAUCACCAUCGUCACGGUGGACCGGCAGCCUGGCUUCCACUACGUCUUGCAGGUGGUGUCCCAGUUCCACCGGCUGCUUCAACAGUGCGGCCCCCCGUGCGAGGGCCACCAGCUCUUCCUGUGCAACGUGGAGCGCAGCGUGAGCCACGUGGACGCCAAGCUGCUGUCCAAGUACGUCCCCGUGGCCAACCGCUACGAGGGCACGGAGGACGAUUACGGCGACGACCCUUCGACCAACUCGUUCGAGAAAGAGAAGCAGGACUACGUCUACUGCCUGGAGUCCUCCCUGCAGACCUACAACCCGGACUACGUCCUGAUGGUGGAGGACGAUGCCGUCCCGGAGGAGCAGAUCUUCCCCGUCCUGGAGCACCUCCUGCGGGCUCGCCUCUCCGAGCCCCACCUCAGAGACGCCCUUUAUCUAAAGCUCUACCACCCCGAGAGGCUCCAGCACUACAUCAACCCGGAGCCCAUGCGGAUCCUGGAGUGGCUCGGCGUGGGCAUGGUGCUAGGGCCCCUCCUCACCUGGAUGUACAUGCGCUUUGCCAGCCGCCCGGGCUUCAGCUGGCCCGUCCUGCUCUUCUUCUCCCUGUACAGCAUGGGCCUGGUGGAACUGGUGGGCAGGCACUACUUCCUGGAACUGCGGCGGCUGAGCCCCUCCCUGUACAGCGUGGUCCCCGCUUCGCAGUGCUGCACCCCGGCCAUGCUCUUCCCCGCCCCCGCGGCCCGCCGGACCCUCACCUACUUGUCCCAGGUGUACUGCCACCAGGGCUUUGGCAAGGACAUGGCCCUGUACUCGCUGUUGAGGGCCAAGGGGGAGCGGGCCUACGUGGUGGAACCCAACCUCGUGAAACACAUCGGGCUCUUCUCCAGCCUCCGGUACAACUUUCACCCCAGCCUGCUCUAGUGCGCCAAGAAGGAAGUGCUUUUCUGGGAUUGGCGGCGGCGGCUUUGGAGAUUCCGAUACGGAGCUCCUUCUUUAGACACGGUCGCUUGCAGAUAUUCCGUUGUGUUAACGUUGCUGGGGGGGAUAGGGCACUGGGGACAGCAGAGGAAAAGGCCCGUCAAGAAGCGUGGCAGGAGCAGCGGUUGGCCACAGGUCCGGACCUCUGUCCCUCCACACAGCCACACUGCCUCAUGCAGUCUGACCCACCCAAUGAGGGGGGGGUGUUAAAAAUACCAGUUACAUUCCCCAGUUGUUUUCAGCUCUGCUUCGUGAUAGGCAUAGGGACUGCCAAAACUACUGCGCACAGUGAUGUGACUGUCUAAGGAUGUUAAGGGUAGAACUUGGUGAAAGGUGAGGUCCUUUUGAAUCGAUUUCGUUCUCACUGGGCAUGAGAAUGGAUGUAUUUGGAAUAUACUCUAUGUCUAAACAGGCGGGACCAUGUUGAUAGAUUCUGCUUGUUUCCUUGACCUGAUGUAAUGAAAGCCAAUGAAAGCUGUGCAGUGCUGGCAGCAUGGAGGCAGGUGACCUGGCUUCCGCUACCUGCCUUUUUCCUCUCGGCACUGCAGCGCAACUGAUAACCAGUAUUGUUAGUGAGAACUUUAAGGCACAGCAGAAUUUGAAAGCACCUUAUGGAUCAUCGAAGUCAGAUCGCUUAUGUUUAUUAGUGACUUAAUAUUGAAGAUUUCUUCAUAUUCUGAUUAUUGGAAAAUUGGACAUUGCAGAAUGGUAUUGAAUGGGUGAGCUCUUUACUAACUGCAUAUCCCUUUCCCUAACUUUUCUGGCUAGCCAGUCACCCUCAUUUCCCUUCCUUCUAAGGUAGCAUGAGAAAACAUGGACUGUGAAGUCAGAAGAACUGCAUUUUUAUUUCAGAGUUCUCGUAUGUCCUGGUGGUGUGAGCUUGGCUGAGUCAUAACCACUCGGAGUCUCAGUUUCUUCACCUGUAAAAUGAGAACCGUGGUACCUACCUUUUAAAGUUGCCUUGAGACUGUAUGUAAAACACCUUAUAAAUGCUUAGCCCAUAGAGGGCACGUGGUGAAUUCUAGUUCUUUUCUCUCCUGUAGUAAGUAUAUAAAACUCAAGUGUAUUUUGGAUAAAGAUGUUAAUGGUGGUGUUUAGAGUAUGAGAUAGGACACAGAGCUGACACCUAUGAAGCUGCUGUUCUAGACGAACCACCGCUAGAAUUAGAGGCUGACUUGUCAUUGAGGCUUCCGGAGGGAACCCAGCUUGUCCCCACCUCCAACCAAAGUAGUUUUUCAUUCGAACUGGGAGUGAUCUGAGACACCGCUUGAACUUAUUCCAAGACUAUCAUCUGAAAAUUACUUUUCUCGAGAAUUACAAAUAAAUGGCCUUUGAUGAGACUUAGGGAACCGGUGGGCAGCAUGUCCCUUCCUGAGGACAGAUGGUUGCGUGAGAGUUCACGCAGUUGUCCAGUCUGGUUCAGUGCCACAUCUUCUGUUUGCGUUUACAUUUCCCCGGGGAGCUUCCAUGUGGGGAUCCUCUCAAGAACAGGGAGGGCGUAUACGGAGGUGGGGGUGCAGGUGGCAGUGGGUUCACCACCACAGUUUACAGAUGAACAAACUGAGACCCAGCGAUGUUAAACAGCUCCAGGUUCACACAGCUGAGCAGGACUGAAACGGCCCUUCUGACUUCCGGCCCCUGUGGUUAAUCCCAUCCAUGUUAUAGAUAUCUGUGUAGUCAAAUUCUCUUUUGUAAAAUAUGAUUGUAACCUGGACUGAAUAAUGUCUCUGUAAACGAAGAUGGUAGAAACUCAUUGUCACGUGGGCCUUGGGGAACAAACAGGUACGAGUGUGUGUUGUGUUGUUAUGGUGACCUGUUAUGUAUCUCCCAGGAAUGUCCAAAGUGACCAGAGCUACGAGAUGACUUAUUCAAGAUGUUCGGAUUCCGUACCUUCAUGCCUCCUCUCCCAGCAACUGGCCCCACCCCCAUGUUUGAGAACAGAACCAGCCUCAUGUUUGAGAAUAGAACCACCCUCAACCUAUAGACCUCAUGAGAGUUGAUUGCAAUUAAUGAUUGGAUCUCCUCAUGAAAAUUCAUUUGUCCAGUAGGAGAAAAGCCACAUCUAAGCUAGAAAGGCUCAAGACGGAACCAUUGCUGGUUUUCAUUUCUGCUGUUUCUAAUUCAGAUGUCUACCACAUGCAGAUACUCCCUCCCCUGACUCCUUCAUUCUGGAUGGCCAAGGCCAUCUUUGCCUUGUCUAAUUUCUCUACCUGUACACCAAGAAUCUCCUCCCAUUGAUCUUAACUAGAGUCUGCCAUCCUUGGACAUUUUCUGCAGCUCAGUGCUGCCCUUUUAUCUCUACCCACUUCUAGGUUUUCUUCCCUUUUGUCCCUCAUUCCUAGAGUCCAAUUUUUGUAUAUUGUCCUUGAUUAGGACAGCUAACAGCUUCACACCAAAGCUGAAGUCUCAUUUAAUCCCAAGCAAGGGGACUAGUAGAGAACCCAACUCCCCUUCCCAUAUCAAGGGACAUAGGUUACCAGGUCAGUGAAGGUCUCUUAACAGUCCUGCUCAUCUUUCAGAGUUAAAUUAUAGUCAGGCCUAAGGAGCUCUCAUUUGUGACUGAGUGUAUUUGUGUAGACAUAUUAGUUAAAAUAAAAGCAUCCAUUCCACUGAGGUAUCCUGAGAA